UCUUCCUUUCUUUAGGCUUAGUAGACGGCGAGACGCUUUUUCUGUUUAUUUAGUUUCGUUCACUCGUUCAGUACAGUUGUGUGUUUUGUGAUACGGCAGGGUUUUUACUGUGUAUUGUGUAUGUUAAAUUAAUUUUCAAAAUGAGGCUCUUCUCUCGUCUUUUAAGUAAAUUUGUUGAUAACAAGAUGAACAAAAUGGUUGAUUUCUACGCGCAAUUCAAUCCAUCGCCCCUCUCGAUCAAACAGUUCAUAGAUUUCGGACUUAGCGCAUGUGAGAAAAAAUCCUUCACCUUCCUAAGGAAGGAGUUGCCUGUGAGACUAGCCAAUAUUAUGAAGGAGAUCCGCCUUCUCCCAGAGAAUCUGCUGCGCAUGCCAUCCGUUGUUAUGGUCAACGAAUGGUACAUCCGUUCUUUUGAGGAGAUUGUUGAAUUUGAAAAGGCUGAUUUCAGCAGCGACAAUUUUGAUAAGUUCUGCAAAGCACUGAUCAGAAUCCGCAACCGCCACUCCGAUGUCGUUCAAACAAUGGCUCAGGGAGUGCUCGAAUUGAAAGAGUCCCAUGAUGUGGAUACCCAGACUGAGAACAGCAUCCAGUACUUCUUAGAUCGGUUUUACAUGUCAAGAAUUAGCAUCCGCAUGCUUAUCAAUCAGCACACCCUCUUGUUUGGAGGAGAACUAACCCAUGAUCCAAACCAUCGUCACAUCGGGUGCAUUGAUCCUCAAUGCGACUUGGUUGCUGUAGUAAGAGACGCAUAUGAAAAUGCUCGCUUCUUAUGUGAUCAGUACUACUUGUCCUCCCCAGAGCUCCAGAUCAAAGAAGUGAACGAUCGUGAGGAUGGAGUUCCUAUCAGAAUUGUGUACGUGCCAUCGCAUCUGUACCAUAUGCUCUUUGAGCUGUUCAAGAACGCAAUGCGAGCUGUAGUUGAACACUACAACAAGAAAGACGAUGAUAACUACCCAGCAAUCCAAGUUACCAUUGUCCAUGGCAAGGAAGACGUGUGUGUCAAGAUGUCCGACCGUGGUGGUGGAAUCCCCCGUAGCCUCACUGAUCAGCUGUUUCACUAUAUGUACAGCACUGCGCCGCAGCCCUCCAAAUCUGACGCCCACACUGUUCCCCUUGCUGGUUAUGGGUACGGUCUCCCCAUAUCAAGACUGUAUGCUCGCUACUUCCACGGAGAGUUAAGCCUCCUCUCAUGUGACGGCUACGGCACAGAUGCCAUCGUGUACAUGAAGGCUUUGUCAAACGAAGCCAACGAGCUGUUACCUAUUUUCAACAAAACGUCGACCAGGUUUUAUCGCACUACCACACCCACAGGAGAUUGGAGUAACCAGUCUUCCAACAUGAAUGUGCGACACUUCUUCACUGGCACUAAUGCCAAAGUAAAGCAAAUAUACCGAUCCAUUUAGAAUAGAUCGGCGCCCUAAGGUUUAUUUCAUAAGACUGAGCUAACUCCAUUGCAGGGUUGCUGAAUCAUCAUUAGAGACGACUUUCUCUUGUUUUGUUAUUUAUUGGCAUUGAACAUUAGCCAAAUAGUUUUAAUAACCAACAUUAAGCACAAUGUGUUUAAGUUGAAGUCAAAGUUUUUAGUUUCUCAAAGUUUUUUAUGUUUUGUUUUGUAGUACAUUUGCAAUGUUAAAACACCAUUUUAGUAGUUAAGUAUGUUAUUAGUUAUGAGUUACAACGUGAAUGAUGCUUGUUAUUCGUUUGCAUCUAUUUAUUGCAAUAAACUUGACCGUGAGGUAUUUUUGUAUUGUACUGUAGUUGGAUGGGUUUUUAAACACGCUCUGUUUCCGUACCUGUUAAAUUAUGUUUUGGUAAAGCUAUGAUUUAUUUAUGUGUUAUUUUUUCCAAAAUUGAACUGAAAAUCUUUGAUCAAAGUGCUGGGCUUGUCUCAACCAGAUUGUAUAUAGUGAAUUGAGUUACCAUGGACUCUGCAACCCAGAGUAACUGUAGAACGGGAACAAUGUGAUUUAAUAAGACUGUUUAGUUUGAAGUGAAAUAUUUGAUAAAGUUAUAUCCUGCGAGUCUGUAGAAAGAAAUCAAUUAAAAUUCCAUGUGCAUAUCACUUGAUGAAAGCAGCCUUCGAAAUCUCUCAAGCAUUCCCAUUAAGUUCUUAACUUUUUCACCCCAUUAUCUGAUAAACUUGCAAUAACUAGGUAUUUUCUGUUUGGUAAUGUGUUGAUUUCAAAUCACUUUUAUCAUCCCAGUGCACACUUCAUUAAUUUGAAGGCCACUUUCUUGUCAUACUGUGGCCACUAGCAAUGUUUAAUAGUUCCUCAUUUUUGGUGGCAAUAACUCCAAGUUUGUUGUGAGUGAAAGCAAUAUCUGUUUUAGAUUCAGAUUUAAGUUUUAUAUAAUUACCCUAUGUCCAUCUAGCGGUACAAAAUUUCAUGAAAUAUUUUUACCCAUUUACUUUUUGCAGACUCUUUACUACAAUGUAAUUUGAUGCUUUAAUAGGGUAUGAGUAACUGACUCAAUGUAAUGCCUAAGUUAAUAAUAUUUAUACAAAUAUUCCUAUUUAGUUAUUUAUGUUUAGGAACAAAAAUGUGAUUUACAUUCAAUUUUAAUUCAGUUUAAUUUUCAUCCUACUUCUUGUUUUUAACAGUGUGUAUUCAACACUGACAAUGAGUUGUAUCCACUUUCAAAGGAGAUUAAAAAAUUGCUUAUGAGUCAUUUGCUAAAAGAACAUAACAUAUAACUAAUUUAAUUUUGUAUAUUUGCGUCCUUAGUAAAAUAGUCAAAACAAAGCAAUUUAGUUAGUUGAGGUUUCUUUAUUGUUAACUGUUCAUGUUUUCUUAUGAUAAAGUUUAAUAAUUGCGUUUUGUAGAACAUGUUGUUAGUUUUCUAUGGAUAACGAAAUACAUACGACAAGUUAUGUAAUGGGUAUUACAUUUUAUAAAGAUAGUGUCAAUAAAGUUCUUACUUAAA